UGCAUGAGGACUUUAAGCCUUGUCUUGAAGUCUUGAAGAUAGAAGUUGGACUUUGACACUGGAGUCGUUAUAAAAAGAAGAGGGAGAAGGCGACCGUUUCAUCAAACGGAGGAACCGAGCAAGUUAGAGGACAUGGCCAUGUGGAGGACCGUUGGAGCUCUGGUGCUGAUAGUACAAGCUGUGUUUGGACAGAGCACCAUCAGAUGGUGCACCAUCUCAGAGCAAGAACAGAGGAAAUGUCAAGCCAUGUCAGAGGCUUUCGCCCACGUCUCCAUCCGUCCGUCUCUCAGCUGUGUCAACGGAGCGACAGUGGAGGGCUGCGUCCAGAAACUGCAGAGGAAAGAAGCUGAUGCCUUGUCCAUGUUUGGCACUGACAUCUACAAACUGGGGAAGACUGCCACCUUCAAGAUGGCCGCCAGUGAAUCAAAGCUUGAUGGUUUGGGUGCCUCGUACUAUGCUGUGGCAGUGGUGAAGAAACAGAACUCAGCCAUCAACAUCAAGAAUCUGGCAGGGAAAAACAGCUGCCACACUGGCAAAGGCCGAACAGCCGGCUGGAAUAUGCCUUUGGGAUACUUCAUAGACCAGGGUUACAUGUCCGUGAUGGGCUGCAACAUCCCACAGGGUGUGGCAGAUUUCUUCAAUGCGAGCUGCAUCCCCGGAGCGAACGAGGCCGGUGACCCCGCGUCUCUGUGUGCGCUGUGCAAAGGAGACACCGCAGGAAACAACAAAUGUGACAUGAGCAGCAAGGAGUUGUACUUCAGCUAUGAGGGAGCUUUCAGGUGUCUGGUCGACGGCGCCGGAGAUGUGGCCUUCAUCAAACACACGACUGUGACGGAGAACACUGACGGUCAUGGCCAGGACUUGGCGGUGUCAGCAGACUAUGAGCUGCUGUGUCGUGACGGCACCAGACUCCCGAUCUCUCAGUGGAAAACGUGCCAUCUGGUCCGCGUCCCCUUGCGUGGCGUUGUGGUUGGCGAGGACGUCGAUCCAUCUGCGGUGUACAACAUGCUGACAGAGGGGCUGGAAAAGUCAACCUUUGCCAUGUUUUCAUCGACGUCGUACGGAGGAGGAACUGUGCUGUUCUCCGAGUCAGCCGCCCAGUUUCUGAAGGUGGAGUCUGAAGGUGGAGACCCCAAGGAGUGGCUGGGGCGCCACUACUACAAUGCUCUGAGUGCCAUGGACUGUAAAAAGGAAGAUAUUCCAGAUUAUCUGCGGUGGUGCGUGUUGUCCGGUGGUGAGCAGCAGAAGUGUGCCGACAUGGCUCGGCACUUUAACGACAAGCGUCUGACACCAAACAUCAGGUGCAUCUACGGUGACUCUGUGACCGACUGCAUGGACAGAGUCAAGAACAACGAGGCUGAUGCUUUCACCCUGGAUGGAGGUUACGUCUACACAGCAGGCAAAGACUAUGGCUUGGUCCCUGCUACUGGCGAGAGCUACACAGCCGACACCGAUGGCUCCAUAUACUACGCAGUUGCGGUGGUGAAAAAGAGUAGCAGCGACAUCCGUAACCUCGACGACCUGCGCGGCCGUCGCUCCUGUCACACAGGAUACGGUCGCACGGCCGGCUGGAACAUCCCUGUCGCCGCACUGAUAGAGAGAGGCCUGAUCAGCCCUCAGCACUGUCAGAUACCUCAAGCGGUGGGAGGUUUCUUCAAGCAGAGCUGCGUACCAGGUGCCAAUCAGCCUGGUUUCCCCAGCAACCUGUGCAGUGUGUGUGUGGGAGACGCCUCGGGGAGUAACAAAUGCGAGAAGGGGAAAGACCUGUAUGACGGAUACGAUGGUGCAUUCAGGUGUCUGGCAAAGGGAGAUGGAGAUGUGGCUUUUGUGAAGCAUUCCACUGUCUUCCAAAACACUGACGGGAACAAUGAUGACUCGUGGGCAGUGGACCUCCACUCCACUGACUUCCAGCUGCUCUGCCUUCACAACAGUAAAGCUGAAGUCAGUCAGUACAGAGACUGUAACUUGGCGAGAGUCCCCUCCCACGCCGUAAUGGUACGACCAGACACCAACAUCCAUGCUGUCUACGGACUUCUGGACAGUGCACAGAAACACUUUGGCAGUGACACCAGUCCUGACUUCAGGAUGUUUGACUCCAAAGGCUAUAACGGCACAGAUUUAGUCUUCAAAGACUCCACUGUUCGCCUCAUUGGUGUCGGUGAUAGAAAGACCUACCAAGAGUGGCUGGGACAGGGCUACAUGGACUCACUGGUGGCGAUGGAGUGUAAUUCAUCGGGAUCAGUGAUGUCAUCUCUGUGGCUGCUGCUGCCGACCCUGUUCAGCCUCCUGCUGACCAACCUCUGGAUCUAAAGGCACAAAGCGUGACACAGGCCUCUUCUCCUUUUUUUUUUUUCUUCCUCACCCUCUCCUGUCUCUCUUCUGUCCUUGUUUGGGUCUCCUUCUUCAUGUUUCCUCACGUUUAACCACUUCUCACACAUUCAGGUAGAGACUUCCUAAGCCUAAUCAACUAAUCGAACCAACGCUGCACUUGUGGACACCCACGUCCUCCUGAGCGUGCUUUUUAAAUCCCCUCGGCGUUAUGUCUUACUGAUCAUAUAAGUACAGUACAAGUUUUCACAUUUCGCGGUGGUGGAUUGUAACCAGGUUGUAAAUAGAGCUUCAAAAUAAAAAAAGCAGAAACAGGAGCAAGAAACUAAAAAAAGGACUCAGUAGUGAACACAAACAUUUGUUUUGGCAUGCUUGACGCAAGUGCUUUCAGGAGGCUGGUGGGAAUGUCCAUUGUCCCUUGCCAUCCAUCCCCCAAAUGUUCUCAAUGGGAUUUAAAUCAGGGGGAACAUGCAGGAUGGUCCAAAAAGAGUGGGGUGUUAUUCUGCUGGAAGAAGUGCUUCGUCAGGCGGGCAUUGUGAACUGCACGUGAACGUCUCCACGUAACCAGCCACAAUUUGACGCCCCUGCACAACCUGAAGCUCCAUUGUUCCUCUGAAGGAUUUUUAAGACCUUCUGUCGCAGAUGCCGUCUUAUGGUUAUUGGGCUGCAGUCAGCAUCAGUAAUGGCUUUAAUUUGGGUCGAGGAACGGCCUGCGUCUUCACGGACGGCCCGUCGCAUCCUCCGUCUCAGUGCAGGUGACAUUUUUUUGGGGUCUGCCACUUGCCUCUUUUGUCCCGUAACCAUCAGGAUCUUUUAAGACAUUUAAAACAACUGUCUUACUGCGUCCAACCUCUGCAGCAAUGGUGCGUUGUGAAAGGGAAGCUCAACAGUCCUGCCACGUUCAAAGACAGAACGCCCUUUUGCCUUUGCCAUCAGGGGGACAUGACAGUGCGAAUGCCUGACAUGGAAGCCGGAUUUUUGCAUAGCUUUUGACGUUUUAAGGCUAUAGUCUUCUUAAACAGCCUGUUUGAGUUUAAAUGCACAAUUUUUUAUCUCAAUUUUUUUGUUUCUUGAUCCUGUUUUGAACCUCGAGUUACAAUCUGGUUACGAUACUAUACUAUACUAUACUAUAUUAUACUAUACUGUACUAUACUAUAAGACAGGAUGGCGUGUUGGAUUUAAAUUGUGCUGCUGUUGAAACUGAAGAAUAGAGUUAGAGAACAGUGUGAACCAGGCUUGAUGAGAGACGGUGUUGCUGCCACUUUGUUUACAGAAGGUGAGCUGCCAUAUCAGUGCGUAUGCUGCCACCAGUUACAUUGCUUAAGUGGGCAGUGUCCUCCUUUCUCCAAAGCUUGUUUCACAAUCAGUGCAAUCAGUGUGACUUUCAUCCUCACAUGAAUCUCCACCUAGUUUGUCCCCAGUGGAGCCUUGCAAACGACUCCAUACAUAUACAUUUUAAAUACACCUUAAUACAAAAGAGGUACAUUUUAAGAGAAGUACUGCAUCAUUAAAGCUGUUUCUCCCCAUACCUGAAAGACUCUGAGCUGCUGCUGAUCCCAGGUCAACAAAGGUUUCAUGUGGGUAAAGAAAUCAGACUGUUGUUCUGCUGUUUUUCUUCUUCUUCUUCUUCUUCUUCUUCUGUUCUCAGACCUUCUUACUGUGUCCAGUACUAACAGACCUGUCCUUGGUUCAGGCUGUGUUUUUGAUAUAAGCUAAUGCCAUAUCAGUGAAUAUGCACUAGUGUUGCCUCCACACUGAGCUGUGCUGGGGAUUUUUUUUGUGAAGAUGAGUGAGAUCCAAACGCUUUAAAAUCCCAGAGAUAAGCAUUUGUCGGCUGCAGUGGAGUCUUGUCUCUUUAUUAUUGUUUUGUACUUAUAAUCAUCCACAGCAUUUUUCUUUUACUUCUUGAUUUAGGUUAUACGUUAAGAAGCAAAUGAAGUGAGGAUCUAAUUCACUGGUUUGGGGAGAACAUCCCGUGGAUUUGUAGUGAGUUAGUUUUUGUCAGCAGUAAGAGUGCAGAAUAUAUACUUUUACCUCAUGCUUCCUCUUCCAAAUUUUAGAAGACCGACUGCAUCCUGCAACCCUGAAAUCAACAUAGACAGUUUUUGAAAAGAUUUGAUUCCGUUCAAAAUGCAGUUAUUGUAAUUAGCUUUUAGUCUCUGAGUCAAAAUAAUGUGUUUCUUAACCCAAACCACUCACUUCAGAAAUGUCUCUUACUAACUCAAACUAUUAUACUUCCUACUACUUGAUACCAUUUCUGGUUUUAAAAUUGUUGAUUAAGAUUUUUUUUUUUAUGUGUAUUUUUGUGCUAUGUGUAUAUGCUGUUUUUAUAUGAAGUUCAGGUGCCAUAUCAGUGUAUAUGUACUGACUCAUGUUGUCAGAAACUAAUGCCCUCUUCUCCCUCCUGAUGCACAAUUAUUUCUAAGUGAAAUGUCACAUCUAACUAAUAUUUAGUUGCCAGGCCAGUGUGUCUGCAUAAGUAUUGCUACACAAAGCUUUUUUUUUUUUCUCUGCUUUUACAAAUGAAAUAAAGCUGUUUGCUGCAAUUGUC